AUGGACGAUCAAAUGUACCGUCCCGGGUAUCGUAAGCUGGCACCGAAGGUUGGGUCCGAACCUCCAGCGCAAAACCGUGGCCUCGAGGACAAUCGGAACAGGCGGAGCUCUACCGCAUGCAGCGAAUGUAAACAGCGUCGAAUAAAGUGUAGUGUUGAUGGCACCGGCCCUCCUUGCACCGAAUGCGCGCUUCACGGCAGAGAGUGCAUUUUCGACGAGAGACAGGAUAAGCGUCGAAAAGUGGCCCGCGAGCAAAUCAUAGAGGACCUCAAACGAACUCAAAAUGACCUCAAACGCGCCCGUGGAUAUUUGGAAUACCUGCUCGACGCGAUACGAUACAGCAAUCGAGAUGAAGUUUAUGCGCUUGUCGACGCUAUUAGGAGUGGGGCCUCGGACGAGCAAAUUCCGCACCUUAUAUCGCAAAUUACACGAUUUCCACCUAAGUUCGACUUUUUUAAUCCAGCCGAUGGUUAUCCACGGUAUAACCAGAUGCUCGAUGGAGGUGCGGACGAUACGCCGGACGGUUUACCAGACGGGCCUAGCAGGUCAAGACGAUAG